CUUGUCUAUAUUGAGCUCGUGGUAAAUAUCGAUGGUUUAUCUCGAUUUUAUCACCACUAUUCUCAAACUCCAACACUAUGUUAUUUUCUUUUUUUCCCUCCCUUUCAAGAUUUUUGUUGUUUGUUGAUUUCGCGGUUAACUAGACACAAGGUGUAGUGUACGUUUAAUAAUCUAUCAAGAGUUUUGUUGAUAAGUAGAUGAACAAUGGACUCGAGUAACGACCCGGCGUACCUAAGAGUUAAACUCUUCCAAUCAUGUCAGAUCUUGUCGAAUUUGAAUCUAUACCAGGCUGCAAAAUGGUGUGCAGAAGCGUUGAAUGGGUUGGAUAUCUCACCUGAACAACGACUGGAACAAGUCCCCAUGGUUCAACCAAUGGAUAUACAAGAGCUAGUUGACCAGGAUAAAAUCUUGCUAGCCAAAACAUAUUUCAAUUGUAAGGAGUUUGACCGUGCUGCUUAUGUGUUAAAAGAUUGUAAAAGUGGGAGUGCAGUGUUUUUAAGAUUAUAUGCCUUGUUGAUUUCAGUUGAUAAGAGAGCUAUGGAGGAAACUGAUGGAUCUCUUAAAAUAGGUGGUGCAAGUCUUUUAAGAUCUGGUGCAAUGUCAAAUAGCAUGUCUGCCAAUAUAGGAGCGAAUGCCGCAACUUCAGGUACCGGUAAUGGGGCCGGCUCUGGCACUAAUGGAUCGAAUGCAAAUAAUCAUACAUACCUAGCUGGAGGAGCACCACACGAUUCAAAUAUGAUUCAUAAUUCAAACUCAAAUUCAGAUUCAAAUAUUACUUCUAAAUUAUCCAAAAUUCUCCAAGAGACUACUGCAUUCCAUAAUAAUACCUCCAAUAAACCAAACGCAUUUCUUUAUUAUCUUAAUGGAGUGGUAUACAAUAAAAAGAAAAAAUACUCCUUGGCACAAACAAACCUUUUCCAAUCCUUACGCUUGUUUCCAUACAACUGGUCUUGUUGGCAAGAACUCAUUGCUUCACUUUCCACCUACGAAGAGGCUGUGACGUUCAUCACCAAACUAAAGAAGGCUAAGACUUCCCUCUCUAAUAAUAUCAUGUUUCAAUUCUUUGAGGUGGUCAUAUUACAAGAAUUCUAUCAACAACUGGCAGUUUUAACCGAUAGUUUAGCUCAAUUGACUCAAAAGUUCCCCAAAUUCAAUUUCCUCAAUGUGCAACAAUUUCUUAUCGCAUACCAUGGGUUAGACUAUUUCCAAGCUGAAGCAAUCUUUGAUCUGAUUUUGAAAGAUGAUCCACUUCGUCUUGAUGACCUUGAUACUUAUUCAAAUAUGUUGUAUGUGAUGGAAAAGAAAUCCAAGUUAUCCUUCUUAGCACAAUUUCUGCUGCUGAUUGAUAAAUUUAGACCAGAAACUUGUUGUAUCAUAGCUAAUUAUCAUUCUAUGAAAUGCGAACACGAAAAGGCAAUCACAUAUUAUAAACGGGCUCUUACCCUCAACAAAAAUUGUUUAUCUGCAUGGACCUUGAUGGGACAUGAGUUUGUUGAAUUAAAGAAUUCACAUGCUGCUAUUGAGCUGUACAGACGAGCAGUUGAUACAAAUCCUAAAGAUUUCCGAGCAUGGUAUGGCCUUGGACAGGCCUAUGAAGUGUUAGACAUGCACAUGUAUGCCUUGUAUUACUACCAACGCGCUACUAACUUGCAACCUCUUGAUAAACGUAUGUGGCAAGCUAUUGGGAAUUGUUACGAGAAGAUUGAAAAAUUGGAAGAGGCUAUUAAAUCAUUUGAAAAGGCUUUGGCAAUCGAUAACUACAAUAAUAAUAAUGAAAUGGCAGAUGGAGAGGUUUUUGCAGAACCUUAUAUAUGCUACAAACUUGCUACGAUAUCCGAAAAGUUGGGACUAACAAAGGAUACUGUAAAGUAUAUGAAGAUGUGCCUUGAUCUGGAAAGAGAAUGGGGUAUUGGUGAUGAGACUUCUAAAGCAAGACUCUGGCUUGCCAGAAAUGCAUUGGAAAACCGACGGUUUGUAGAAGCCUACGGCUUGGCAAAAGAUUUGAACCAUAGUAAUGCUCAUGACAUCGAGGAAGCAAGAUCUAUUGCAAGAGAAGCAAGAAAUAGAAUGAAGUGAUCAAUUCACUCAAGAAUAGCCAACCUUUUUCAAUCUUUAAUUUACAUUAUCUUCAUAUCCUAUCAAUAUUUAUUAUGUACUAUGUAUUAAUUAUCCAG